AUGGCGACGGAUAAAAAACGUAAACUUAGUAUCUUAGAUCGUUUAGUUAAACUCACAGUUAAACCACCACCGAUAGAAGAAGAAAUUUGGUCAAAUUCACCUGUUCAAAUAUAUGUGUAUCAAUUGCCAGAAGGUUUUUUCGAAACUGUAGACGGUGUACCAUUAGAAGCUGGCUACUAUGCUGUACCGUAUUUCUAUCAAUCACCAUAUAUUGCUGAUCAACCAGAAGAGUUGCCUCAUCAUUCUCAUCACCAUGACUAUUAUCAAGCAAAACAAACAUAUGCUCAGUCACAAUCGAAACCCGACAAUAAUAAAGUUUCCUCGAAAAAAGCUAGAUUUAAUCUAAAAUUUCAUAAACAUUCUCAUGAUUAUGAGCCAAUAGUUUAA